CGGCGGUUUAGACGCCAGAAAUCGGUGGAGACUGGUCGCUUCCAUGGCUUCUUGCUGAGCAGUGAGCACUUCGACCGUUGAUUGUUCGUCACUUGCCUAUGGCGAUUAGUCACCAGCAUUUGAAACUGGAAGACCCUUUUCUUCAUAACUACAAGCCCUCAGAGCUACGGAUCGCUUCUGAGUUUCUCACCACUUGGCUUCCGUUUCUUUCGAGAGAUCUCUGCCGGAACUGCACCAAAUUGCUCUCGGAUCGAAUCCGCGCCCUCGACCCAGCUGCCCGUACCGACGAGAAUUCAAGUUCUACACCACCAGUUGAAGUCAUGCAUGAGAGUAAUGGGAAUCAGAACGAUGCUUGUGAUGCAAAUUCUCUUGGAAGUUGGAAAGAUGAAGCGGAAACAAAUUCAUUGGGAAGUUGGAAGGACGGCAUAAAUGAAGGGAAUGAAGCUGAUGGGGUACCUGAAACUUCUUCUAGCAUACCAUCCUCUAAAGUAGUUUCCACCAAGACCUCAGGGCCUCGAAUGUCGUGGGCUGAUAUGACUCAGGAAGAUGAACUAGAAGAAGAAGAGGAAGAUGAGUAUGAAUCAGAAAAAAGAGUUGUCAGUGUUAAUGAGUCCACAAGGAAAUUAACAAUAUCAAAGGUUAUUGAGAAGCCAAAGCUGUCUAGAGAGCAGAGAGAGCACAUCAGGUUCAUAAAUGUUGGACGGAAGAAAGAUUUUAUUUGUCUGGAGAGGUUUAAAGGGAAAUUAGUAAAUAUUCUUGAAGGACUUGAGCUUCAUACAGGUAUUUUUAGUGCUGCAGAACAGAAGAGAAUAGUUGAUCAUAUUUAUUCACUUCAGGAGAUGGGCAAGAAAGGAGAAUUAAGAGAACGAACAUUUUCAGCUCCGAAAAAGUGGAUGAAGGGGAAGGGACGUGUGACUCUGCAGUUCGGGUGCUGUUACAAUUAUGCACCUGAUAAAAAUGGCAAUCCUCCUGGAAUUCUUAGAAGCGAAAUUGUGGACCCAAUACCUUCUCUUUUUAAGGUGAUCAUUAGAAGGUUGGUUAGGUGGCAUGUGCUUCCUCCAACAUGUGUUCCUAAUAGUUGCAUUGUGAACAUCUACGACGAAGGGGACUGUAUUCCUCCCCAUAUUGACAGCCACGAUUUUGUCAGACCGUUUUGCACUGUAUCGUUCCUCAGUGAAUGCAAUAUUGUUUUUGGAACAAACCUUUCUAUUGUAGGACCAGGUGAAUUUUCUGGGCCAAUUGCAAUCCCUCUACCUGUGGGGUCUGUUCUUGUGUUAAAUGGAAAUGGAGCUGAUGUUGCUAAACAUUGUGUACCUGCAGUCCCUACAAAGAGGAUAUCAAUUACAUUUAGAAGAAUGGAUGGGUCAAAAAUACCAAUCGAGUAUGCUCCAGAACCGGAUUUGCAGGGAAUCCAACCAUUGCCCUAUGAAGCAAGUGAAAAUAAUGUACCAACGUCUCCUGUAUCAUCAGAAAGAGAAAUAAGGAGGCAGCCAUUUAGGAGGGGUAGUCAUAUGAGAACCAGGGGAUCUGGAAACCGAACCGACACUCGAUUUGAUUCACGCAAUCCAGGUAGAGGUCGACAUAGCUCAGCAGAUAGGAGGAGCAGAGAAAAAAUCUAGACAGCUGAAGAGUGGCAUCAUUUAACAGUCCCAUUUCAUCAUUUCUUCACAUCAGAUAGUUGGGUGUUAGAGUUAUACAUAAAGAGCUGCAAGUUGUUAUUUGUUUGUGUACCAAGAAUUUUCCAAGCAUCUAUUAACACGUUUAGAUGCUGUCAUAUUUGUCACAGUCCUUUGUUAUAUUGUUACUCAAAAGAUGUAAAAAGUUCGAGUUUCUGCACUAGGGAGUGUCCGAUCAAUUCAGAGCACAACUGUGAGAGCCGAAUUCUCAAAUGGAUCUAUAUCGAACAAUGAUUAAGCCGAGGAGAUAUAGCGAGAUUUUGUGUUCAUAUUGAUUUAUUUGUUGAGUAGAGGGUCAUUCAUCUUCUAUAAAGUCGAAUUUGAGCCUAACAUUAAAGAGAUGGUCUUGUAGGACUCAGAAUAUUUUGAAGGGAUCAUAGCUCUGCAGAAUGAACUGGAGAUGGCUAUGGCAGGCGAUUUUGUUGCUUCAGGUAAAUGCACAUUAAAACCCACUUCCUCAAUUGUAAAAUAUUUCAGAUGGGACCAUGAAAAUCAACGUUGGAAAAGGGUAGUCUACAUGGAAGUUUAGAAUGGGCCUGCAUCAGUCAUAGACCCCACUGGAGGGACUCUUCUUUGACAGUAAAUCUGAAGACUGCAGCCAAGUUUAUGAGUUGAGUAGCCAUCAAAUUUCAAGAUUGGAACUUGAUAUCAUUAUCUGUAUAUUAUCAUAUCUUGUUGAUAUGAUCCUCUUGGAUGUUUAAUUCCCUCUGUUUCUCAGUUCGUUUUAAGAACUGAAGAACUCUCUCUCUCUGGCCUUUUCUCAGCGUUUAUUAACUGAACUGUUAGUACCAAUAUUAUUCCUAUACGUUUGCCUUGGUUUGUUUCUA